AUCAUUAUUUCCGCAGAAGCUUUUUACAUUUUGAGGGGGAUGAGGAUUUCUCUCAUUAGCGAUUUCGUUUCUCACCGGUUCUCUUCUCCCUCUUAUGUAAGACAUCAUUUUCUCAAUGCAUGGAGUUGAUUUAUCGCUUUACCUUGCCAUCUGGCAAACUCUUCUUAGUUGUUGUACGAAAGAUCAACCUGAAUCGCAGGCAAAUUCUGUUAUUUGUGUUACAUAAUACCACAUAGCCAUAGGGUUGAGCGAGUGAACAGUUUUAAGCUUCGCUUUGCAACGGAAUGCUGGAAGUUAGAACUCCCAUACAGUAUUAAUUUUAUUGACCGAUGUGUUUUAAUAUGUUGUUGAGAAUACACACUUGUUUCGUAUUUGAGUGAAUUUAUAUAUCAUAUUUAAAAUAUAAAAUAUUGAAACGUUUUCCGAUUCUGAAGAGUAAAGCCAAGGAAGUUUGCCUGGGACACAAGUGCUACAGAGAUGGAUUCUUUAGAAGAAUAUCGUUCAUUAUUACGGAGAAAUGAUAGACUAACAUUCUAUGAAAAAUUUAAACGUACUCUCACAACGUUGCCAUCUGAAAAAACAAUUGGAUAUGUGCUCCUAUUAUGCUUGCUGCUGUGUAUUAUAGCGAUAUUGGCGUUUCAUUUUCUGAUUCCGAAUAAAAUACACGAAUUAGAUGGAGUUACAUCGGAAAUCAUUUACGAUAUAUAUAGCUAUAAUGGAAGUGAGGAAGAAAGAACACUCUUUCAACAGGAAUGGAAAACAGCAAAAUCCAUUGUUCUGAAAGAGAACAAGAAAUUAAAUGAUGCGUAUCAAAAACAUGGAUUUUUGAAGAAAAGCUCAUUUGAUGAAGGGCAAAAUUUAUUAAAGAAUGACUCGAAGCCUGAUGUUUCCCUUCUAAUAAAAGACUGUGCUCUUAUAUUAGAGCACAUCAAACGAAAAUUCAAGCGGUG